AUAUUUUAACAGCUGCACAAGCUGUAUUCCAAGGUCAGAAUGAAGGACCAACAAAGGCCAGAGAAAUUCUCGAUACUGUGAUGAAUAUUUAUAUCAAGACUAUGACUGAAGAUGAUGACAAGGAAGUUGUUGCUCAAGAUUGUAUGAGCAUAGCUGACAUCAUCAAGGACAUUGGAUACAUAGUGGUUGAGCCAUAUAUGCCUCGGCUUGUUGAGGCAACUUUGGUAUUGCUUAGAGAAGAAUCAGCGUGUCAGCAAAAAGAAUCUGAUGGUGAAAUUGAUGAUGACGAUGCUGAACAUGAUGACGUGCUGAUGGAUGCAGUUUCUGACCUCCUACCUGCAUUUGCAAACUCCAUGGGUAUCCAUUUUGCGCCCAUCUUUGAGAAGCUGUUUGGUCCCUUAAUAAAAUUUGCGAAAGCUUCACGCCCACCACAAGAUCGGACCAUGGUGGUUGCAUGCCUAGCAGAAGUUGCUCAGCAUAUGGGUCCUCCUAUUGCAGGCUAUAUUGAUGCUGUAAUGCCAUUGGUACUCAAAGAACUGGCAUCACCAGUGGCAACUAAUAGGAGGAAUGCUGCUUUUUGUAUUGGAGAGCUGUGCAAAAAUGGUGGUGAUUCCUCUCUGAAAUACUAUGGCGAUGCACUACAUGGACUUUAUCCAUUAUUCGGGGAGUCUGAGCCAGAUGAUGCUGUAAGGGACAAUGCAGCUGGUGCAGUGGCAAGGAUGAUAAUGGUGCACCCUGAAUCCAUCCCGUUGCAUCAGGUGCUUCCCGUUUUCUUGAAAGUUCUUCCUUUAAAAGAAGAUCACGAGGAGUCCAUGGCUGUCUAUAGUUGUGUUUGUAAUCUUGUUUUAUCAUCCAAUCCCCAGAUCCUGUCUCUAGUUCCGGACUUGGUUAAUCUUUUUGCCCAAGUUGCAGUAUCGCCCGUUGAAACAUCUGAAGUCAAAGCUCACAUAGGCAGGGCUUUCUCUCACCUGAUAUCUAUUUAUGGGCAUCAGAUGCAACCUAUUUUGAGCAGCCUUUCACCAACACAUGCUAAUGCCUUAGCUGCAAUUGCUCCGAAAUGUUGACGCAUUCAGGACCUGCCGGCCUGAUAUUUUUUUGGUUACACCCCGCGCCCCCCUCCUUCGGUAAUGAGAUCAUUUCUCAUGUUGUGGUUUCUUUUAAUCUAUUUGGAGUUGAUGGCGAUCCCCCUACUGAAGAGUUUCUGGUCUGAAUCAGGUGUGGUUUGUGUUCUACCAGCUGUCUCCAUUUUUCCCGCUUGGAGGCACUGCUCAUUCUUCCAGUGUUCACAGAUACAGUAUUUCAUGUUUUUGGUUAUUAUUUUCUUGUAAUUUAUAUUUAUUUUUUUAAACUUGGGUGCUGGUUAAUUUUAUUUAUAUGUUUUGUUGAGAGCAAGUAGCUAAGAGUUGAGUUGUGUUGUGUGAAGAUGUGUAAAUUGCAACCUGCCAGAGCCCUAAGCAGGAAUAAAGUUUUGUUUUUUUUGGAUACAUUGUUUUACCAUCUAGUGUGCAUGUAUAUUUUAUUUUAUGUUUU